AUGUCGAAACGAAAGGAUAAACAAGCGCAAUCGGAGGAAAACGACAAACUCACUAAAAAAGAGGAAGAAAUCGCGAAAUAUGUGCGAUUCAAUUGUCCAACUUCGACCACACUUUUUGAGGGAAAUGAAGUUCAUUAUUUUAGCGGAAGUAAGGCUGUAGAUACCCUUUGGGAAUCGAAAUAUGGAUCGAAGGCGAAAAAUGAUCCAUUUUUCAAGACUCGUGAUGAUGCUUUUCAUUAUAUCGCCGAUCUUUUUUCGAAACAAUUGUUUUUCCGCGCCAAAAAAUUAGUCGCCAAGAAGAAAGAUGAUAAGGAAAAAGAGAAGGAUAAAAUUACUGAAGGAGGAGAUGCUCCAAAAUCACCCAAGAAAGAUGUCGAAAAACGAAAAGAUAAAAAAGAAGAGGAAACUGAAACUGAAGUUGAUGAGAAAAAAGUAGAAAAAUCAAGUGAGGAUUCAGAGAAAAAAGAGGAGGCGAAAAAGAAGAAAAAGGUGAAAUUGUUGGUGCAUUCAGUUCAAGUUUUUACCGAUGAUAAAGAUGUUUAUGUUUGGGUUUUCGAUCCAACACCGUUUUAUAAGAAGGUUAUUGGAGUUUUGAUGCGUGAGUUGGUUUGGCGGGGAAUUUUGAGGAGGAGAAACUUUUUGAAUUAUUCUCUGAAACUUGUAUUAUUCACGGAACAUUUUAAUUUGUAAUUUUCCUGAAAAAAAUUACCGUCGAAUUUGAUAGUCUUUCUGAAUAAAUCUCACUGUUUCAAAAAUAAAUGACUAAAAAAAUGAUUUUAAAAAAUUAGUUAUUCUAUUUGUUUUGUAGCAAAUUUCAUUAAAAUCGAGUUUAUAUUUAAAAAUUCAGGGCUAAAACUUCAUCAUCAAUCAAUUCAAAAUUAUAAAAGUUUCAAAAAGGAAACAUAGAAAAAAACUGCAAAAUUUUCCCUCAUAAAUCCGAUAUUUUAUAGUUCUCGGAACAAUUGUUGGUUGCCUUUUCCCUUUGUGGCCAAUGUGGUUGAGACAAGGAGUUUAUUAUCUUUCACUUGGUGGAAUCGGUGUUUUUGCAUCAAUUAUUGUAGUCGCAAUUCGUAAGAUUAUUUUUUGAUUAUUUCCCCCAAAAAUCCCAAUUUUUUUUUAGUUCGCACAAUUUUAUUCGGAAUUAUUUAUGCUGUAACAUUUGGAAAACACAAAUUAUGGGUUUUGCCAAAUUUGACCGAAGAUUGUGGAGUUUUGGAGUCUUUCCAACCUUGGUAUACUUAUGAAUAUUGUUCGGGAGAAGAAUCUGACAAGAAAAAGACAACGGCGAAAAAAGAGAAAAAGAAGAGUAAAAAGGAGAAAAAUAGUGGUGAGUUUUUUGGAGGAAUUUACUGUUUCAAAAAUUAUAAGUAUUCCUGCUAAAGUUUUUUUUAUAUUUAUGAUUCUGCUUUAUCAUUCAAAUAAUUUUCAGUUCGAAAUUAUUUCAAUUCAAUUGUUUUCAAUUAAAUUUAAAUCUAAUAUUUCUACCGAAAUUUUUUAGAAAAAAAAUUACUGUUUCAACAUAUUUGUAAUAAUUUUGAUAAUUUAGAAAAUUAAUUCAUCUUUUUUUUUCUUGAAAGUAUUCCGAAAAUUUUUACUGUUUCAGUAAAAUGUUAAUUGGAAAUAACUUCAAUAAUUUUUAAAGAAAGAAUUCUCACAAUUUUUUUUUACAAAAAAAUCCUAAAAUUGUAUUUUCUCAGAUAUUUUACGAUUCAUUCUGAUUAACUUUGAAAAAUUAACUUCGAACUUACUUUUGUCAAAACAUCAUUAAAAUUUAGUUUUUUUUUCACAAAAUCUACUGCUUGAAAAUUUUUCUAUAAAUGAAUAAAAUAAGUUUUAAAAAAGUAUUUUUGAAACAACUGUGAAUAAAAAAAUAGAGCUGAGUUUUGAAAAAAUCAACAUUAUCCAGUUGUCUUCGAAUUUGUUAAUUUUUAAAUAGAAAAAUUCAUAAGCUCAAUAGAAUCAAUAUAAAAUAAUAAUAAAAAUCAAUAGAAAAAUUCAUUAAAUUUUUAGACAACGAAGAAGAAGAAGAAGAAAAAGCUGAAGAGCAUCCAAAAUCCGACAAAAACGAAAAAGAAGAUCAGGAAGACGUUUCAACCGAUGAUAAUUAUGAAAAAAUUGAUGGCGAGGAAAGUGACGAGGUAAUUUUUUCAAACAAAAAUCUUGAAUUUUUCAUCAAUUUAAUUUCUCCAGAUUUCAUCAGUUCCUCCAUCUCCAGCUGAUGCGCAAGUUCGAAAACGACGUCCGGCAAAAGUAUAA